UACAAGUCCCGAGAAUGAAAUCUGUGCUAAUUACUGGAGCCAACAGAGGCUUAGGACUCGGUAUGGUGAAAUAUCUCACUAAACACAACAAAGCAGAAACAAUAUUCGCAACAUGCCGCAAAGAAUCCGAGGAACUUAAGCAACUAUCACAUGAAAAUAAAAACCUUCACAUAUUGAACUUAGAUGUGGCAAACACUGGUAGCUAUGGCGAGAUUUCAUUGCAGAUCUCGGAAGUAGUGGGUGCGAGCGGAUUGAACCUUCUAAUCAAUAAUGCUGGGAUAUCCACUAAGUUUACCAAGCUUAAUCUUGUGAAGACUGAGCAGCUACUUGAUAAUCUCACCAUUAAUACCAUCGCACCCAUCAUGCUUACGAAGACCCUCUUGCCGCUACUGAAACAAGCAGCUGAAGCCAACAAAGACCAGCCCUUCGGAGUCCGUCGCGCUGCCGUUAUCAACAUGAGUUCAAUUCUGGGAUCUAUUGCGCAGAAUGACCAGGGCGGGUUCUACCCUUAUCGGUGCUCAAAGGCGGCCCUCAACGCUGCAACCAAAUCCAUGAGUAUUGAUCUCAAGAAAGACCAGAUCCUAGUGGCAAGCAUGCACCCAGGUUGGGUGCGUACCGACAUGGGUGGCAAGAACGCGCCGCUAGACGUGGACACGAGCAUCGCUGGCAUCUUCGCCACGGUGGAGCGGCUCGGCGAGGCCGACACUGGCCGGUUUUUGCAGUACGACGGAUCUGAGCUGCCGUGGUAAUCGGUAGGACGUUGGAUGCAUGGAUGAUGAAGAAAAUACCAAACCGCAAAGCGUAAUAACGGCGAUGUGAUACGAUCUAUUUUUAUAUAACUUGGAGCAUUUAACUAAAGUGAAUAUAAGUAAGUAGAUAAUAAGCAUUCACAAAUUAUAAUUAAAAUAUUUCCGUACAAAAGUAGGUAAGUUGACAUGUUUAAGAUUGAAUACAGAAAUAAAAUAUCUAAGAGCUAGUGGUCAUAAAGUAUGUGGGCAAUCAUUUAAGUACCAAUAGUCUUAGUUUUACCUAUAACCAUAUAAGUUUUUACUUAUUGGGCAAGUAGAUGCAUUUUAACUUUCGUUUAGGUACCUAUAGCUGCCGGCCUAGCCAAGGUUACAAUCGCUAUCGCUUCGACAGCGAAAAGCAUUAUGUCUCUCUAUCACUCUUCCAUAUUAGUGCGACGGUGACAGUUGCGUUUCGAUCGCUACGGAGCGUCAGCGAUUAACAUCUUGGCUACGCGGCCUGAGCUUAAAUAAAGCUCUACGACAACAACUGUGUUCAAGUAUGUGCUUUUACAUUUGCCUUUAUGAUUUUGGCAUAUUCUUAUGUUAUUUUAAUAAAACGGGUU